UAUGAAUUACCUUUCUAGUAACUUCUGAGCAGUGGUAAAUUGGUGUUAUUGUAGUAAAUACUUAAUAGUAACCGUGUGAUCUAUAGAGUUCAUACGUUUUAGUUAUUAUUUAAACGAAUUGACUGUUUUAAGCACCGUCAACACUACUUUCAUUAAAAUGAGUAUCUGAAUUUAUACUUUACAAUGCACAUUAGGUUUGAAAAGAAAGCCAACACAAAAUGUGACAGUGACAUAUUGUCAUUGUCCUGGAUGGGAAGAGUUCCAGAUAAUGCAGAAGAAGAAGGAUGGAACUUGGAUGGACAUAAUUACUAUAAACAAGGAUGGUUGGCUACAGGCAAUUCUCAAGGGGUUGUCGGUGUUACAUUUACUUCUAUACCAAUAAACAGUGGACCAAACAGUGAAAGAUUACCUCUUCGCACUAAUUAUAAUUUGAGAAAUCAUCAUGCCAAGGUUGUUCUUGUGAAAUGGAAUGAACCAUACCAAAAAUUGGCAUCAUGUGAUAGUUCUGGUGUUAUAAAUGUUUGGGCUAAGUUUGAUUGUCGUUGGAAUGUUGAACUUAUCAAUGAUCGGAAUACUAGAGUUACUUAUUUUAGUUGGUCUCAUGAUGGUCGAUUGGCAUUAAUAUGCUAUCAAGAUGGGUUUGUUUUGGUUGGCUCUGUUACUGGUCACAGAUACUGGUCUUCUAUGUUACAUCCAGAAGGAACAGUUACUUGUGGUGCUUGGUCCCCGGAUGAUCAACAAGUAUAUUUUGGAACUAGCAGAGGGCAGAUGAAAGUUUUAGAUAUUCAUGGAGCUCCUGUAUCUCAAGUCAACUUAUCAGAUGAUUCUGGAAUAUCUUCUAUGUCUUGGUCUUGUGAAAAAUUUUGCAUGAAUGAAAAUAAAAUAAAAUCAGAUCAUUUAUUUAAACACGUUUUAGCUCUUUGUUGUAAAAAUGGUACUAUUCAAUUAAUGCGACGAUUUGAUGAUCCUGCUCCAGUAUUAAUACGUACAGGUUUAUGUCCUAUUCAUAUGGAAUGGUCUAAUGCGAAAGAGUUGCUUUGUGUUGCUGGUUCAAGACCUGGAAGACUAAGUACUAAUGUAGUGCAAAUUUAUUCUGCUACUGGUCAAUUAGUUUAUUCCAUUAACAUGCCUCAAUCUUCGGCUGUAGUAACAGCUGUAACAUGGGCACACAAUGACCGAAGGAUUUUUGUAGCAACAGGACCAGAAAUACAUGUUGCUUGUGUAUCUGCUUCAGUUGUUCCUUUGUAUGUACUUUGUGCAUUACGCAUGUGUGAUGAAUCUUUGUUUCCUUCAGAUGACAUACUUCCUAUUAGUAUUCAAGACAUUUUAACUGCUAUUUCAUCAUCUACUAUUUAUUGCGAAGUGCCCAAGUUGUCAGAAUUGCGUCAGUUUGUUAGUAGUUCACCAAAAAAUCGUCUAUAUUGUACAGUCGUACAGCAUGUCAAUGGACCAGAAACUACACCACCAGUUUGUUAUGUAUUAUACAUGGAAUACCUUGGCGGUCUAGUACCAUUACUUAAAGGCAAAAGAAUUAGUAUGCUAAGACCUGAAUUUGUUAUCUUUGAUCCACAAGUAGAUGAUACAACAUAUGCCAAUGCACAGAUAACUUAUAAUAAUUUUGGUUGGGAUGACUCUGAACCUGAAACUUGCUCUAGCCCCAAGCUUCAUCGGAAAAAUAGACAUAGAUCAAGACCAGCCUGUUGUAAUCGAAAAUUGCAAUUAAAUUGUUACACCGAUGUGUUACCAGAAGACUAUCGUUUGGCAGAAGUUACAGCAAAUGUUUGGGGUACAGAAUUCCAUAUACGUGGGUUGUGUGAUGAUUUGACUCAAAAAUUAGGGAGAGUAUCAUACCGCACAUCUAUUUUACAUUUGCAACCUCGUCAAAUGACACUCUCUAUUGUUGGUGAUGGGCAAUCCAUAGAAGAUGAUUCUCCAACACCAAAACAACUUCAAAGGCGACGUAGCUGUAGUGUUGGAUCAUCAAAUCCAAAAAUUGCUGUAUCCAGAGUGGUCGAAGACUCUAAGGUUUCAGAGACAUUUGCUCACAGUUUACCAUCUAGUCCAGUUGCAGCUAAAAAGAAAAGUGGUUUAUCAUCUCCUAUAAGAAAACGAUUAAUGAACUCUCCGUUAUUUUUCCGUAAAGUUCUUAGAACUCAAAUUGAACCAGAUUUUCAAAAUUUAGAAACUUUUCAAAAAUCUCAAAUAAAAAAUAAAAUUGAAAUGUGCACCAAAAGACAGCAAUUUGUAAUGCAAAACAAAGCACCUAUCUGGAACGAUUUAACUCAAGUGUAUCAAUUAGACUUUGGAGGUCGUGUUACUCAAGAAUCAGCAAAAAAUUUUCAAGUUGAAUAUGAUGGAAUACAAGUUAUGCAGUUUGGACGCAUUGACCGCAAUAAUUUUGCUCUAGACUUUCAACACCCGUUUUCAGCCGUCCAAGCGUUUGCAGUUGCACUAGCCAGUGUUACUCAAAGGCUCAAGUAAAAUUAUUGAAACAAUGUGCAAUUUAUUUAUGCACUUUUUUUACAAGUGUGUUUAAGUAUUGUAAUGUGUCAACACUCUGUAAAAAUUUGUUUGUAUUUUUAUUAUUUAGUGCAAUAUUUCACAAGUAGGGUUCCUUAUUAGUUUUUAAUAUACACUUAUCAAUUUAGUUACAACUGCAUCACUUAACUGCUUUACUGAACAUUCGCUAUUGCAUUCUUCAACAAUAAACAUAAUAUAUUUCUCAUAUCUUAUUAUAUGUGUUCAUAUGUAUUUCGGCAUUACUUAAUUAAUUAUGAUAAAAAUAUAAAAUAAAGAAUUAAUUAA